GAUACUAUUGAUGUAGUACUAGAUGAUCAUAGAACAGAAUGUAGUCAAAGCUCCAUGGGCAAUCAGUGUCUUGCGCGAUUUGCCUUAUAGACCAUGUUAGGUACAUGCUAAUAAGGCUACAUACAUGCUUGUCUCUCCGCUCUGCGGGUAGCAUGCAUCGGAGAGUUUAUUUUGGGUAUUGGCGUCUCCUUGGUUUUGAGGGGUUGAAAUUUAUAUGUAUAUCUGUUGGCUGGUCCCUUGAGUAAAGUAGCUCUCUCCAUCGGCUUCAGCUUUUUGCGUUAGAUAUCAAGAUAGACAAUUAAAAGUCUCUCGAUAACAUCGACUCAUUGCAUCUCGGUUCGCUGUCGUCAAUAUGCCUAUCUCAAAGCUCAACAUAUCCUCUCCAUUGGAAGCAGGCACAUCGUUGCUCCAACCAAUGCAACUGCCGUCGGAAAUACUCGAAGCUCUCGAUUACGUAUCAAAACGUUUGGUACGAAAGAGACUUCACUUAUCAUUGAUCGUCGUCAAAAAAGAUAAUCAAAUCCAAAGUCCCGCCAUCUCCAAAGCUGCAGCCGCACCCGGUUCUUAUUCUCUCGCUGCAUCGCCAUCAGCACUCCUUUACAAUAGCGCACCACUCACAUCACACGUUCGCAACAUUUCACUCUCAAGUCGAGGUCCUUCUCCAGUUAGUUCCCGCUCUUCGAGUCCAACCAGCACGAUCUUCUCCAAUUCUCUUUCUGAGCGCUCCACCUCAACAACAACAUCUACCCUCUCCACCUCAACAAUCUAUCUUUCCCGCACAAAAUACUCCGGCCUUCCUUCUUCGCCAAAAGAUACCAUGGCCCACCACAUCCGCGCAUCUAUCUCUCCUCCCUCCUCCCCCUCUUCUCCACCCGCAGAAUGGAUCUCCCCCGACACCCCAAACCGCUACGGCAUCACCCUCAUGCAUUCCACCAGCCUCACCCCGCGCGCCGAACGCAUCCUCCGCUCAACCAUUGCCCGGGCCGAGAAAAAAUUCCCCUCCAUCGGUUCCGACUGGCUCUCCUCCUCUUCUCUCUCAUGCCCCAUCUCUGAUCCCUCGACUCGAGAUCUCAUUCGUCGUUCGCUGACUCAAAAUCGCCUCGUGUUCACCGCUCCGGGAUUAUCGCUUUACUCGCUUGACUAUCUGUAUACAUUUAAAUGCGCGCUUCAUACUUAUUCGCGCAGUCUCUCGGCGGAAGACAUGGGCGUUGCGAUUGAUGAGUUGCGACGCGUGGUUUUGGUGCGGGGAGGAGCAAUUGGGAGGAGUGAGGUGAUGAGGGGGUAUGAGUGGUUGGGAAUUUCGCUGAGUGCGCUGUGUGAUGUUGAGGAAGGGUAUAAGAAGGUUUACGGGGGCAGUGCGGGAGAAAAAGCGAUUUUUAAUGAUGAAGUGAGGAAGUCGCUUUCGGUCAAGACGUCUUUUGGUGUUGGGGAAGAGGACUUGGUGGAGGUGGGUGAGAGUGCUAAGGGUAGGGAUGGAGAAAGUCCUCUUUGGGAGAGGGAGAGCGCGAAUGGAGAUGGGGGGAGAGAAGAUCGGGGACCAUUUUUGAGGGGUGAUAGAACCCCGAAUCGAGUGGAAGAUGUGAGUCCGGGGACUAGGGGAGAGUGGGAGUAUUUGAUGAGAGGAGAAAGGAACCUCACUCUUAUUGAAGUGGAUUGUUAAAAAUUGGUCUUGUUUUUACAUAUACAUAUAUCUGGGUUAAGGAGUGCGGGUUAUGGCGUAUAUAUUUCCCGAGAACAAGAGCUGUGAUCGGGAGGAUUGGGGUUUUGUUUUAUCUGGGAUGGAUGGGUGUUAAGUUAUUAUGAUGGAUGGAUGGAUGAGAAAAUUAUGGACUUUGUAUAUACUUUUACUGCAUCCUCA